UCGGCGCCAUGGCGGGCGCCGGCAGGAAGAAGCAGGUUCGCUUCGCCCGGCCGGAGGCGGAAGACACGCGGCGGGGCGGUGAGGGGCCGGCGGCGGAGCAGAGUCUCCUCCCGGAGCCCGCCCCGCGGCCUGAGGUGAUCGUAGCCGGCGGCGGCGGCGGCAGGAGCCGGACCGGGGAGGGAGCGACGCUGCUGCUGCGAUGGUGCAUCUCCGGGGUGCUGUGCUCGGCCUUCCUGGGCCUGGGUAUGAGCAUUGCUGUCCUGGGACCUACAUUUCAAGAUUUGGCUGCAAAUGUGAAUAAAAAUGUCAGUGAUAUUUACUACAUUUUCAUGGGUCGUUCUCUGGGGUACCUUGUUGGUUCAGUGAUUGGAGGGAUUGUCUUUGACUGCAUGAACCCUCAUCUCCUCUUGGGGUUAACCAUGCUGGGAACAGCAGUUGGUCUUUAUGCCAUACCAUGGUGUAAGAAAGCGCUAUUGUUAACUGCCCUGAUGUCAGUCAUUGGGACUUCCAUGGGUGUUCUAGACACAGGUGGAAAUGUCCUUGCAUUGAAUAUAUGGGGAGCAGAGGCUGGACCACAUAUGCAGGCCUUACACUUCAGUUUUGCACUGGGUGCCGUUGUGGCCCCAAUCCUGACAAAAAUGGUAUUGAGCAGCUUCAUAUCUCCUAAAGUCCAAACAGAAGAUGAAAAGACAAACCACUCUGUUCCGAGUGAUAUACCUAAUGCACUGUCUGGAUCAGCAUUGAAACUGCAUUCUAAUGUGAGCUUUAUGUGGUCCUAUAUUGUCAUAGGGACCUAUAUUUUGAUAGUUUCUUUGUUGUUUGUUGUUCUAUAUUCAAGGACCGGCUCAGCACGAGAUAAAGCAAAAUCUUCUCUGCAGAAAUGUCAAAUUGCCAAAUACCACUAUGCCCUUCUCAUUCUCCUUUUCCUUUUCUUCUUUUGCUAUGUAGGAGCAGAGGUCACCUAUGGCUCUUACAUUUUCAAUUAUGCAGAGGUUUAUGCAGACAUGAAAGAAAGUGAAGCAGCUAGUUUGAACUCCCUUUUUUGGGGAGCAUUUGCAGCUUGCAGAGGACUGGCAAUCUGUUUUGCUACCUGUUUAUACCCUGGUACUAUGAUUCUGCUGAGUAUCAUAGGUUCCACUGUCUCUUCUCUGUUCCUGGCAUUGUUGAGUAAGCAUCCAAUUUCGCUCUGGACUGGGACAGCAGUGUAUGGUGCGUCAAUGGCUACCGUCUUUCCCAGUGGCAUUUCCUGGAUUGAACAGUACACCACCAUACAAGGAAAGUCUGCUUCUCUCUUCGUAGUUGGUGCUGCCUUGGGGGAGAUGUGCAUUCCAGCAGUGGUUGGGUUUCUUGAAGGAAAACUUCACAAUGUCCCUGUGAUGAUGUAUGCUGCAUUGGGAACAUCUGUAAUGACAGCAGUACUAUUUCUUAUGAUGUAUAAAUUAGCCACUUCUCCCAGUGAGAGUAAGUUAAAAGAUGGUGGUGGGAGCGAGGACCAGAAAGCUUUGUUGUCCAACUUUGAACUUAAUGAAGAUGAGGAAGAUGAAGAGGAGGCAGGAGAAUGGAAUGAAGCAGACUUUGAAGUAAUUGAAAUGAAUGAUACAGUGAGAAACUCUGUGGUAGAGACAUCUCAAAAGAUGCCAGGGGAGUCCCCAACUAAAGCGUCCAUGCAGCCACCUUCAAACAUAUUUAGUUCUUCUCCAGUGAUUGCUCUUAGCUCCCCUGGGAGAAAGCAGUCCAACAGAGACAGAGAGAAGAAUGAUUAAAGUAAAAUCUAGGCUGCUUACUUGAAAUGACUGCCUGGCUUCUGUAAGCCAGAGUACUGAAUGCAAUCCAAGUUCUGAAAGGUACCAGAAGGUGACCUAUAACUGCUUCUUUUGUGCAAGUUGGACUGGUACCCUCUGCUUUUUACUCUGGUAACAUUGUAAUGUUUCAGAUACUUUGAGAUAAUGUAUUUGGAUGCUGCCAUAAGAGAAGGUCCAUGUUUUGCACGGAUGAAGUACAGUGGAGUGUUUCAUGUAGUAUUUAUCAACAUCUUGGGUGGGGAGGUGUAAGAUUGGAAAUAGCAUGCUGGGGAGGGAGGAAACACUGAGUGCUAGCAAAUAAAUAAAUCACCAUAGUGCUAAGAACAGACAAAUAUAGAAGGUGUUGCUUAGAAUUAAUUUGGAGCCUUCCAUUUAAUGCAAUCCGUCUAUUUGAAAACCCAGAUUUUGAAGGCAGCUUUUUCUGAGACAUAAAACUUGCUGUUUGUACUGUUUGUAUUGUAUUGUUAAGACUUUUGCUGGUAAUUUACUUUUGUAGUAAGGAUAGCAGUUUGUUUAUUUACAUUUGGAGUGUUUCUGUUAUGUGGUAUAGGAUCUUUCUUUAGAAGUUUGGGUUUAUGACUGACUGCUUCGCCUCUCCUUCCCCCCCGCCCCCAAAGCAAAUUUUGCUUUCCUCUGAAAUCUGAGGGGAAGAAAUAGAGCCAUCCUGGAAAACUUUUGCAGUUUAUGGUGAGUGACAAUGAAAUCUUGAAGACAUUUCUCCCUCCCCACUACACCAUAAUGUUAGUGUAAAUGCCAGUGUAGUGCCUGUUUUACUGCAAAAGAGGGGAGCAAGAUAAGAUAAUUGGAAACUGACAGAAGACACAUUUUAAUAAUGAACUGAUUCUGCACCUUGAGUUGUCUAUUCAGAAGGGUAUAUUUUACCUACCUGGGUCUGUGAUUAAACAUUGGUAGGUAAACCAACUAGUUUUUUUUAUUUUUUAGCUUCAUAGCUUCUGUUGUAGUAUCACACCUGCUAUAUCGAUGCAUUGCUAAACUUGGAUUAUGCUGUUUCAGUUGCUGCAUGAAAGCUCUCUCCUUCCCUUACUUAACAGUGUAAUGCUUGUAAAUAUUUAAGGACCAUAUUCUACCCUUGGAUGCAUAUGGCUGCCCAUAAAGUCAAUGGAAGCAGCUCUGCAUAUGCAUUUACAGUACUAGAGUUUGAUCUGCAGAUCAGUAUAGAAAAUAACAGCUGAACUGCAAUGGUGGAGAUCUUGGCUUAAAUAAGGAAGUCUAGGGUAAACUUUUGUGUCAUGUUCUGAAAAUGCUAUUGCAAUUCUGGACUAAUAAAGUGCUUACCGUUUAUUACUAUUUAUGCAUAAUUGGAAAGCAUGAAUUCUCUGUGCAACAUGGUGUGCACAGAUGGUAAAAAUUUCACAAAUGACUUUGAAAACAAGCAUAUUAACAAAGGUGGUCUCUUAUACUUCGUGUUUUUUUUCCAGACUUUUUACAAAGGGAUGUAAUAGAUCUAUUGUUGCUGCAGGAUCCUGAACAGAAAUGGUUACAGCAACAGCAAACCUGAUAUGGUCAUGCUGUCCACAAAUGUGUGUUGUUUGAAACAAAACAGGCUUGACUACCUUUUAGAGGUGUUUUUAGACUUUUUUUUGUCAAUCAACUUGGUUUUUACUAAAAGUGACACUCAAGCUUUUACUAUUUUAAAGAGGAGCUGUUACUUGACAUAAAAUCUAAACACAUUAUGUUCUAUUUUUGAAUCAUCAGUUCUGUUUUUUAUACAUGCUGUUUAGUAUAACCUCUUAAACCGUGACGAACAUACAUAUUUUAAUAAACCAUUUAAACUGAAUAGGAAUCAGGAAUUUCAUUCCUCUCUCUCCCACCAACAUUAGAACAAGCAUGAAACAAAGCAAUAGGGCCAGUGCUGGAAGACUGGAAGGCUAAAUUAACUUUUUUUUUUUGUAUGUGUUAAAGGGAGGGAUAAAGUGAGGACAAGGACAGACAAAAAGAAAAAGCAAUUUGUAAUACUGAAGAGGGAGGUAAUGUAAGCAAGGUCUUCUCAAGCAAGGUCCUUCUCAGUUUGUAGACUAGCAGAGAAAAUGAAAUCCAAGCUCCAUGGAAACUUGGGCUCCAUAAUCUGAAACUUACUUUAAAUUUAUGAUCAUAGCUGCUUUCUUCACAGUGUAGAGAGAUUACAUAAUGUGGAGGUUUUAUUUCAAGUUCACUGUAUAAAUUUUCUACAUGAUGCAUGUACCUAAAUAAUACUUUAUAUAUAUAUUUAUAUCAUAUAAAUGAUCAGAGGGUUCCCCUGCGAUACAAUACAAGAGUGGCAAUGUGUAACACUGAAAUAAUUGGGGUAGUGUAAAGCUUUUCCUCCGUCACAGGACAAUUGAUGGAAAAAUUGAAACUAAGAAAUGCGAUAUGUGGACAAAAAACCAAAUCUAUAGUGCAGGUCAUCAACUGCUCUAAAUAUCAUGUGGAUAUUUAGAAUCAAGUUAUACAUUUAAAAAUUACUUAGUAAUAAGCUUGUCUAUAAACCAUCCCUAAAAUGUUCAGAUUGGCCGCUAGCACCUAGUGAGAUGUUUUGCAGUAUUUUUACUGAGCGAUCACCUUCUCUUCAAAUUUGAGCACUUUAGUUAUUGUGCAAAGAAAACGUUAACUAAAAUGGUGAUGGUAUGUACUUGCACAACAGCGAGCUUUCCCUUGCUACCCCCUUUUCAACAACUGUAUUUAAAUGUAUAUAGGCAGUUUUUGUACAUCAGGUGAUGCAUAUUGUUAAAUGUAAAAUAUACUAAAGAAAGACCAGCUAGGAUGUAUGUCAGUUUAGACUGAUUAAGAAACUGUGGUAAUUAGUGGCAUGCUGCAUUAGAAUAUCACAAGUUUCCUUUGCUGUCAUCUUAAGAGCCAACAACUAUAUGAAAGUUGCAGCCUUAAGUCAGUCACUCUUUUGGGGGAUUUCUAGGCUUUUUGUUAGCUGGAAAACACAAGUUAAUGGUAUUUACUUAAAUUCAAGUAACUGUAGUAUAUUUGAAUGUUACCAGGUACUGCAGUUUAACCAGGAAGCUUUUAAGUGCCUUCUUUGUCAUUCAUUCAGUCAGUAAGUGUUUAAUUAGGAUGUUAGUUGUGAAUUUGAUCAAAACCUUAAGAGACAAAGUAUUUUAUACUAGAAACAACCAGUGUUCUUCAUAUUUUUAUUGGUUAAUUUAACUAUUUGGCAAUACAGUUGUCAUUUUAAGAAACACUCAUUUCUUUAAGUGUCAGUGAUCAUCUUUAAAUAGUACAAUAUUCAGUUAUAGGCUUGGAAGAUCUGUGUUAUUCUCAACAAUAGUUAACUGAAUUAAUAGCAGUUGCUUAUGUAAUUGAGAAUCACCAGUACAGACUGAAGAAAGAGGAAACUAUGAACAUUUGCACAUCAGUUCAAUAAAAUCUGUCCCCUUCCUACAUAUUUAAGGUGGACAGCAGCAGCACAUUGUCAUCUAUUAGUAUGUUUUCAUUUAGACUGAAGAUUGGCAAUGUCCGUUUAAAAAGAACAGAAUGCAAUACUGUGUUUAAGAUGAAGCAUUUAAAUGCAAAGGUAUUUUUGGUAUUUGCACUUUUAUACCAUAAAUGAGACGGCACAAAGCUAGUAUUCUCAAGUAGGCAACAGUUCUUGGUGGUUUUUCUGUAAUUCCAGUCUUGCUGUUGCUACUGCUUAUGCAAUGAUCUACACUUAAAUUAAUUCAUUUCCCCCCCCAUACUUUUACUCUUUUGUGUAUGGUGGAUUUUUUGAUUUAAUAGAUUUAGGUUGAAAACUGGUUGAUGUUUACAUGACUGUAAUGUGAAGUUUAUUGGAUAAACUGUUUCUUGAAUGUAAUAAAUUGCUCUAAUUUACAAACA